CCUUCAGUUCAUAAUUUCAACAAUACAAGGCUGCAUCUCUGUAGUAGAAAUCCAAGUUGGUGAGCUGCCAAAAAUGGUUUUAAUUUUAUUCAGAUCAUUGAUUUUUAGAAACAGAUGUUUAAAUUUACUUCAACAAAAUGGAUUGGCAACGACAACGAAACUAACCCAAAAGAUUGGAUUUAUAGGCGAUGGUAGUAUGGCGAAAGCCAUCUGCAGAGGAAUAAAUAGAAAAGGUUUGAUAGAUUAUUCCCAAGUCUACGUUUCCAGUCCGUACAUAAAGAAUUUGGAUUCUUGGAAAGAUUUAGGCGCUAAUGUGUCUACGGAUAACUCGUUAGUAGUGAAAGAAUCGGAUGUGGUUUUUCUAGCAGUAAAACCCCACGUUUUUUGCGAUGCUGUCAAACAAAUUGAGAAGGGCGCCAACAUGAAAUACACGAAAAACAAGCUGUUUAUAUCUAUUUUGGCCGGAGUUACUACUACUAAUGUAGAAAAGGCGCUUCAAAAUUUCGAGGGAGCCAGAGUAAUACGAGUAAUGCCGAACACACCCAUGCUCAUAGGACAAGGAUGCUCCGUAUUCUGUCCCGGCAGUAAAGCGACCGAAGCCGAUCUAAAACUUGUAAAUACCUUCCUAGAAGCGACCGGCAUGUGUCAGCAGCUUCCCGAGCACAUGAUAGAUGCAGUCAUGGCCGUGUCCGCAAGCGGGCCAGCUUUCGUGUAUAUUUUCAUCGAGGCUUUGUCUGACGGCGGCGUACGUAUGGGCCUACACAGAGAAAUGGCUACCAGGUUUGCUGCCCAAACUGUAAUGGGUGCUGCCAAAAUGGUUCUGGAAAACAACAAACACAUGGGAACAUUGAAAGACGAAGUCUGUUCAGCUGGAGGUACCACCAUCGCUGGAGUUCACGCCAUGGAGAAGGGAAGAGUCAGAUAAACAAAAUCGAAUUUUACCCCGUAAACGCCACCUGACACACUCCAUACGGUUGAUAGACGUUGAAGCGACGUCUGGGUCCUGGAGACUUGCAAGAACUUAGAAGGACGCGGUGUAGGUUUAGAUGGAUGCCAGAAGUUUUAUUAUUAUUAUUUACUGACAUGAGCUGAGAACCGAAAUCCUAUAAAGCUCA